AUGCUCAGAAAGCUCCACUCCAUCCUUCACUCCGGCCCGCACAGGAAGGCAGAGGUGGCGGAGAGCCCUUACUACCACGGCCCCAGCCCCGCCGUCAGGCUGAUCCGCAGCAGCUCCGUGUACGUGGUCGGGGACCACGGCGAGAAGUUCAGCGAGUCCUUAAAGAAAUACCGGAGCGCCGGCAGCAUGGACACCAGCCUGUACUGCCUGCAGCAGGAGGGGGACCGCGCGUGGAUGCUCUCGCGCACCCAGGACUGCCUGCAAUACUUACAGGAGCUGCUGGCCUUGCGCAAGAAGUACCUUAGCAGCCUCAACGACCUGAAGCCCAGCCGCGCCCCGGGCGUCUCCUCCACCUCCUCGAAAUCCUCCAGGGGCGUAAAGAAGUCCGCCGCCAAAGAAAUGAAGAAACCCACCCCCAAGAAGUACUCCCAGUUCAGCGCGGACGUGGCGGAGGCCAUUGCCUUCUUUGACUCCAUCAUCGCAGAGCUGGAUACGGAGAAGCGGCCGCGGGCUGCGGAGGUGGACCUGCAGAAUGAAGACGUGGACUUCGAUGUGGUCACCAGCUCCCGGGAGCAUAGCCUGCACUCCAACUGGAUCCUCAGGGCGCCCCGACGGCGCUCCGAGGACGUCGUGGGGCACACGACAGCAGGCCAGUUCCGGAAGAGCACGGAGCGCCGGACCAUUGGCACGCAGAGGAGACUCGAGAGGCACCCCAUUUACUUGCCCAAGGCUGUGGAAGGGGCCUUCAGCACUUUGAAAUUUAAGCCCAAAGCCUGCAAACAAGACCUCGGGAGCUCCAGACAGAUCCUCUUCAACUUCUCGGGAGAAGAUACGGACUGGGACUCGGAGCUCUUUACUCUGGAGCCCCCGGUGUCCCUGGGGGAGGACCACUAUGAGACAGAGAAUCCCCGAGGGCAGUGGCUGCUUCGGGAGCGACUCUGGGAGCGGACGGUGCCCUGA